AUGUCUUUCACCGAUCUAGGCUUGCCAGAGUGGCUAAAUGAGUCUCUCUCAAACAUGGCUAUCACCAAGCCUUCCGCUAUUCAGAAAGCCUGUAUCCCCCAGAUCAUGAAGGGAAAGGACUGCAUUGGAGGAGCUCGAACUGGUAGUGGUAAGACUAUCGCAUUUGCUGCUCCCAUGCUGGCUGAAUGGUCCAAGGAUCCCUGUGGUAUUUUUGGUCUAGUUCUGACCCCUACUCGAGAACUAGCCAUCCAGAUAGCGGAGCAGUUUACAGCUCUUGGAGCCAACAUGAACAUUCGAGUCGCGCUCAUCUACGGUGGAGUUGAUAUGGUCAAGCAGAGUCUGGAACUUCAAAAGAUGCCCCAUUUCGUCAUUGCCACACCUGGUCGUCUGGCUGAUCAUAUUCGAAGCAGUGGUGAGGAUACCAUCCGAGGAUUCCGACGGGUUAGAUAUGUAGUUAUGGAUGAGGCUGAUCGACUGCUGACUCCUGGCUUCGUUCCUGACCUUAAAACUUGCAUGGACCUUCUCCCCGAUCCUUCAAAGCGUCAGACUUUGUUGUUCACAGCCACUGUUACCGACGCUGUUAGAGCUCUGAAGGACAGAACCGGUGAGAAGGGACCGCCAUUCAUCCACGAGAUUGCAUCAGACAUUGCCGUGCCUAGCACUCUUACCCAGUCAUAUCUAUUCCUACCUGGUUACGUACGAGAAGCCUACCUGUGGGCUAUCCUCACUCAUCCAGAUAACGAGAAGAAGUCUGCCAUCAUCUUCGUCAACCGAACUCAGACUGCAGAGACCCUGAGACGAAUGCUCAUGGCUCUGGACGUUAAGACUGCCUCUCUUCAUUCUGAGAUGCGACAGCAGGAGCGAGUCAACGCUCUAGGACGAUUCCGAGCCCAAGCAGCCCGAGUUCUUGUGGCCACUGAUGUUGCUUCUCGAGGUCUUGAUAUCCCUACUGUGGAGAUGGUCAUCAACUUUGACCUUCCAGCAGAUGCUGACGAUUACAUUCAUAGAGUCGGUCGAACUGCCCGUGCAGGACGAAAGGGCCAGUCUGUCUCUCUUGUCACUGAACGAGAUGUAACUCGUGUGACGAACAUCGAAGAGAGAGUGGGUACCAAGAUGGAGAAGUACGAUCUGAUCGAAGACGACAAGGUCGUUGAGGAGUAUCUCACCCCUGCAUCCACUGCCAAGAGACAGGCCGUUCUGGACAUGGAGGCCGAGAACUUUGGUGAGCGAAAGCGAAUCCAGAGAAAGAAGGCAGGACUGGACGUUGACAUGAAGUCCAAGAACAAAAAGCCCAAGCGUGUAGCCAAGGGCAAAUCUGACAAGAAAUAA